AUGUUCACGUACGUGGGAGUGCCCAACUACUACCAGGGCGAUCGAAUGUAUCCCUAUGGCGAAUUUCCGUCCUACACCACGUCGUACCGACCAGCAGAGAUGCAGAUGCCAAUGCGGCCCUCGGCGCUUGGAAUGCCCGAGCUUCAUCAUCAGCAGCACCAUCAUCAACCCUUGAUUGACCACUCUCCAUACAUUCACUCUCACCAACACCAUCAACCCCCACAGCCUCAACACACGCCUGCAGUCAUGGCAUACUCGCAGUCGGAAGAUGAAAUGGCGCAGCUCCAGAAGUUGUCAGCUGAAUUCCAGCCUGAAGUGACGGUGAGGCCCGUUNNCGUCGGUGAGAAACAACUAACCAGUGCUCUCAUCGAAGAGUAUGCUGCUGCCGAUCCAGUCUAUCGUACAAAAACUUCGGCACUACCCCACAAGUACUCUCACUAUCGUACGACUCGUGGCGAUGGAAGAUGUGGUUGGAGAGCUGUUGCUUUCGGCUACUUCGAGAAUCUCUUUCGUGUGGGUGACAGAACCAAGUUCUUGGAGGAGGAAACUCGUCUCAAGUCCUUGGGCAAUGUCAUCAACAUGGCUGGCUAUAGCCAGUUCAUCUGGGAAGACUUCGCUGAUGAGAUCUAUGCCCUGCUACGCAAGUGUAUGUCGGCCGACUCAUCCAACUCCGAGGCCUUCCUCCUCGAAUAUUUUAACAACGAAGAGAUCCAGAACCAGAUCAUUACAUAUCUCAAGACUCUCACCUCGGCCUGGAUGAAGACUCGUGCGAAAGACUAUGCUCCAUUUGUGCUUCCUCACACUGUUCCUAGCUAUUGCGACGCCAACAUCGACCCUCAUCAGAUCGAGAUCGACCACCCGGGAAUGCAAGCUCUGACUGACGUCUUGCUCAAACCUGCUGGCAUCGCUCUUGAAGUCAUCUACCUUGAUCGUAGCGCUGGCACUGAGGUGAACGCGCAUCAGUUUGCGCCCAGCCUUACGCACGCGCACACCAUCCGUCUCCUUUACAGACCCCAACCCAUUGCUGUACCGACAUACUUGCAGUCCUCUCUUCACCAUUAUGAAGAACCCGUCAUGGACCUCGGCAUGUCUGACUUCAUGACCAUGAUUCCUGGCAUGUCGCUUCUGUCUAACCAGUCCAACUGGAUGCCCAACCAGUUCUAUGGCGUGUCUGACUAUGCUGCCCCCACUGCUGCAGUGCCGCCUCCGCCUGUGCCAGCUCCUGCACCAAUGCCUGUUCAGCACCACGCACCACCGCCCGUCGUUCCUGUUGCCACUCCAGCCUACGUACCCGCCGCUCAGACUCCCUCUCCUACCUCGACCGCCGAUUAUACUUUCUCCCCUGUGUCCCAAACCACCUUUUUCAACUACGACCAGCUUAGUUACGGCGGCAAAGGCAACUUCAGGCCAUCUACCCAUAUGUUCGAGCAGAAUGGACAAAACGUCGCAGAUGCAACUGCUCAGAACUCUGUCUGUCAGACGGCCCAGUUCAAGCAUUCUCACUUCAAUCGCACCCACUUCUUGAACCCUGACUUCCACCCCGAUGAAUGGGAUCCCAGCAAGGAGUACAUUGUUCCCAAUCCACGUAGCAAGAGCAAGUCGAGCCGUUGA